AUCAGCUGUGUCCAAUCACAGCUGAUCACAUAGCACUGAUGAUCAGUAUGCCCUGAUGAUCUGUGUAGCCCCAGCAGUGCCACCUGUCAGUGUCCAUCAGUGCCAGCUGUCAGUGCUCAUUCAUGCCACCUGCCAGUGCCCAUCAGUGCCACAUUUCAGUGCCCAUCAGUGCCACAUCAAUGCCACAUAUCAGUGCCCAUCUGAGCUGCCUUUCAGUGUCACCCAUCAGUUUCAGUCAGUGCCACCUAUCAAUGCCAGUCAGUGCCACCUAUCAGUGCUGCCAAUCAGUGCCACCUAUCAGUGCCAGCCAGUGCCGCCUAUC